AUGACUAUUCACAUUCGACCAUCCGAGAGCCGGCUCUUCAAGCCGCUGAAAGUCGGCAAUGAAACGCUACAGAGCCGCAUUGUGCUUGCGCCACUGACGCGCUACCGCAACUCAGAGGAGAACGUGCCGCUGCCGAUCAUGACCAAGUACUACGCAGACCGUGGCUGCGUGCCGGGUACGCUGGUCAUCAGCGAGGCCACCGGUCCGACCAAGGCCGACGAGGAGCGGCCAAACGCCCCGGGGAUCAGCAGCGAGAGCCAGGUGGAGAUGUGGAGCAAGAUCACGGACGCCGUGCACGCAAACGACUCGUUCUUCUUCCAGCAAAUAUGGGGGCUAGGCCGCUCGGCCGACCCGGCGUACCUCAAAAAGCGCGGCCUUGACUACGUGUCCAGCAGUGCGGUGGCCAUGGCGGGCAAGUCUGCGACGCCGCGGGCGAUGACAGACGCGGAGAUUGAGGCGUUCAUCGACAGCUUCGUGGCGGGUGCAAAGAAUGCGAUCCGGGCAGGCGCCGACGGUGUGGAGGUGCACGGCGCACACGGCUACCUGAUCGAUCAAUUCCUGUCCGACACGGUCAACCAGCGCACCGACCGAUGGGGCGGCUCGAUUGAGAACCGUGCACGGCUGCUGCUCGAGGUGGUGCGACGCACCGCGGCGGCCAUCGGGGCCGAGCGGUUGGCCGUGCGACUGUCACCGUUUGCCGGCUAUCAGGGCGCGCUCAAGUCGGACAUUGUGAGCACGUACAGCUACGUGGUGGCCGAGUUGAAGAAGCUCAGCAAGCCGCUGGCCUACCUGUCGCUGGUCGAGGCACGCGGCGACCCCGAGGUGCUGGUGCUCGGCGUGCCUGGCAUCAACCUGGAGAAGACGCUGGACUUCAUCCUCGAGGCCUGGGACAACACGUCGCCCGUGAUCGUGGCCGGCGCCUACACGCCCGAGACCGCGGCCGCAGCAGUCGAGGGCCGCUACGCCAAGUGGGACGUGCUGGUGGCCUUUGGCCGGCUUUUCCUGGCCAACCCCGACUUGGUGUUCCGCAUCCAACACGAUCUUCCGCUCAAUGCCUACGAUCGGUCGACCUUUUACGUGCCGGGAUCGGAUACGGGCUACAACUCGUACCCGUUCAGCCCGGACUUUCUUGCACAGAAGACAAGCCGGAGCUAG